CGCUAUAUUGUUUCUUCCGCAACACGGUAGGUUAGAAAGACCACGAAGAUGCGAUUUAAAACACUCAACCCCUUCUUCUAUGUUUUUCUCUUCGUUAUCCAUAUAAAUGAAGCUACACCUGAAUGGCAUUCGGCGAAAUGUAAGGAUAAACUGGAAACUUACUGGGACGGAGGAGACAGGCGAUGCGUCCCGUGCGAGGAUUUACUCAGCAUUUUGGCAGGGCACCAGUUCACUCCAAACUGCGGCCGGAUGGAUGACGGGGGACAGAGUGUUUCAGCAUAUGAAGAAUGCAAGAAGUUCACAUUCAAUGAUGGGACUUUCACUCAGUGUAAACCCUGCACACAGUGCUCUGAAGGCCAACAGACGUUGUCCUUGUGCAAUGCUACCAAGGACACACAGUGCUGCGGAAAGGGUGAACUGGUUAUCCAUGGGCAGUGCCAGUACCCUGAGACCACGGUAAAUUUAAUAUCUUAUAAGAAGAUGGGGGUGCACAAGUGGUGGGUGGUCUGGACUCAAACAACAUACCCCACAACAGUCCAAACGAAGUCAAGAUCAGAUCCUUUUCCUCCAACCAAUACCUCGCACUACCACAUUGCUUACGCACAAGAUGAUUCCCCAUGUCCGUCACGGAGUUCAGCCUUACCUGUGUUUUCAGGGAUUGCAGCCAUAAUCUUGCUCAUAGGAGUCUGUGUUCUACUCAUUUGCAAACUAAGGAAAGGCGAACGUGACUUUGAGAUGAUCGAAGAGCAACCAAAAGGAUUGUGCUGUAAUAUCAGCAUUAAGGACCUCCUACCACAAAGCAGUACUGAGACACAAACAGUUAAUGAAAAUGUGACCCUGCUGCCAUCUCAGAGUUGCAAGUCACUGGAUGACAUUCUAGCCCUCGGCAUCCAGAAGGCCCCUGUGCAGUCGGUGCUGGACAACCUGGACAUCCUGGAGGAGCUCAUCAUGCUGCUGGACCCCGAGACCUCCGUCGCCAAGACAACCCGCCACGUGGCAACCCGCUGCUCCUUCUCAUCCACAUGGAUCAACUACGCCUACUCAAUGAGAGAGAGCAAGAGCCCGCUGAAAGCUGUGCUGGAGGGAGUCACAACCAAGUUCCCAGAAUGGACUGUGGGAGACCUGGCCCGGGUGUUCACUGACAUAGGCCGCAACGACGCUGUGGCGGUCCUGGCCAAGCUGCCUGCAACCCGGUCUUUGGAAACCAAGCAGGAAAGAGUUUUGGAGUAGGCCUCAUUCCAGCAGUAAUGUGAUUCAAAUCAUUUCACUCUUGUACACUUGCACUAGUUUUCCAAGAAAACACAAGACAAUUAUCAUCCCCUAACUCUAGUAUCCUGUACGUCCAUUUAGACUCCUUCAUUUGCUUUUUUGGUCAGUUUUUACCCAUUACAUUUGAAUGUAUGAAUUUUCAAACAAUUCCAACCACAAACACAGGCAUUUCUCUGGGGGCUACAUGCCAUGUCAACAAAUAAAAUGUUUCUCCGAUAUCGAGCUCAGAUUAUGCAACAGUACCACAAGGGCAACAUCUGAGCAGUGUUAAGAAGUGUUAACAGAUUCACAAUCUGUUAUGACAUUGACUUUUGUGAGAACAUGGGUAUCUGUCACACAAUAUCAAAUAAUGCAAACUACUGUUUGUUCAAACAUCUUAACAUCUUUAUUAAGCAAAUAACAUCAUAAAUAAA